AUGCCCGGCUGGCCCUGGGGGCUGCUGCUGACCGCUGGCACGCUUUCCGCCGCGCUGAGCCUGGGCCCGCCAGCGCCCGCCGACCCCUGCCAUGACGACGGGGGCGCGCCCCGCGGCUGCGUGCCGGGCCUGGUGAACGCCGCCUUGGGCCGUGAGGUUCUGGCGUCCAGCACGUGCGGGCGGCCGGCCACGCGGGCCUGUGAUGCCUCGGACCCGAGGCGGGCACACCCCGCUGCCCUCCUGACCUCGGCGGGGAGCACCACAAGCCCUGUGUGCUGGCGUUCGGAUUCACUCACGCAGGUGCCCCACAAUGUGACUCUCACGGUGCCCCUGGGCAAGGCUUUUGAGCUGGUGUUCGUGAGCUUGCGCUUCUGCUCUGCGCCCCCGGCCUCGGUGGCCCUGCUCAAGUCACAGGACCAUGGCCGCAGCUGGGCCCCACUGGGCUUCUUCUCCUCCCGCUGUGGCCUGGACUACGGCCGCCUACCUGCCUCUGCUGACGGCCCACCUGGCCCAGGGCCUGAAGCUCUGUGCUUCCCUGAGCCCCAGGUCCAGCCUGAUGGCGGUGGCCUCCUGGCUUUCAGCGUGCAGGACGGAAGCCCACCAGGCCUGGAUCUGGACAGCAGCCCAGUUCUCCAAGACUGGGUGACUGCCACAGACAUUCAACUAGUGCUCACAAGGCCUGCUGUGCUGGGGGACGCCAGGGACUCCAUGGCCAUGGUCCCUUACUCCUACUCAGCUACUGAGCUCCAGGUGGGCGGGCGCUGCAAGUGCAAUGGGCAUGCCUCAAGGUGCCUGCUGGACACUCAGGGCCACCUGAUCUGCGACUGCCAGCAUGGCACCGAGGGCCCCGACUGCGGCCGCUGCAAGCCCUUCUACUGCGACAGGCCAUGGCAGCGGGCCACGGCCCGGGAAGCCCACGCCUGCCUUGCUUGCUCCUGCAAUGGCCAUGCCCGCCGCUGCCGCUUCAACAUGGAGCUGUACCGACUGUCCGGCCGUCGCAGCGGCGGCGUCUGUCUCAACUGCCGGCACAAUACCGCAGGCCGUCACUGCCACUACUGCCGGGAAGGCUUCUAUCGCGACCCUGGGCGUGCCCUGAGUGACCGCCAUGCUUGCAGGGCAUGUGACUGUCACCCUGUUGGUGCCGCUGGCAAAACCUGCAACCAGACCACAGGCCAGUGUCCCUGCAAGGACGGCGUCACCGGCCUCACCUGUAAUCGCUGCGCCCCUGGCUUCCAGCAGAGCCGCUCUCCAGUGGCCCCCUGUGUUAAGAUUCCUGCCCCUGGACCCACUGAGGAGAGCAGCCCUGUGGCACCCCAGGACUGCGACUUGCACUGCAAACCAGCCCGGGGCAGUUACCGCAUCAGCUUGAAGAAGUUCUGCAGGAAAGACUAUGCGGUGCAGGUGGCGGUGGGCGCGCGCGGCGAGGCGCGCGGCUCGUGGACGCGCUUCCCGGUGGCAGUGCUUGCAGUGUUCCGGAGCGGCGAGGAGCGCGCGAGGCGGGGGAGCAGCGCGCUGUGGGUGCCCGCGCGGGACGCGGCCUGCGGCUGCCCACGCCUGCUACCGGGGCGCCGCUACCUGCUGCUCGGUGGCGGGCCAGGGACCGCGGUCGGGGGCCGAGGGCCCGGGCUCAGCGCCACCCGAGGGAGCCUCGUGCUGCCCUGGCGCGAUGCGUGGACGCGGCGCCUGCGGAGGCUGCAGCGGCGUGAGCGGCGGGGUCGCUGUGGGACGGCCUGA